AUGUUAACUGAAUUUUUUGUUAUGAACAGAACAGAUAAAGAUGCUAUGCAAAUGUUAUUAUUAUAUAAAGAAUUUUCUGAGUACUUUGUAUGGUCACCUAAGGAAAAAAUGUGGACACGUCGAAAACAACGUACUGUAAUUGGACGUGUUGUAACAUGUCAUCCAAAAAAAGGAGAAAGAUAUUAUCUUAGAUUAUUGUUGAUGAACGUUAGAGGACCAAAAUCAUAUCAGGACUUACGUAAAGUUGACGGCAAAUGUUGUAGUACAUUCAGAGAGGCCGCAGAAAAAAGAGGAUUGUUACACUGUGAUAACAACUUAGUUGAAUGUAUAUCUGAAGCUACAAAUUAUCAAAUGCCAUAUAGUUUAAGGCGUUUGCAAGCAACAUUAUUGGUGUAUUGUAAUCCUGCUAAUCCAACAGAACUUUGGAAACAAUUUGAAGAUUCAAUGUCCGAAGAUUUUAAGAUUUUACCUAGCAUGAAUGCUAAAGAUAUUCGUUUUAUGGCUUUAAAUCAUAUCAAUGAUAUUUUGCACUUGAUGGGACAUGAUAUUAAUGAAUAUAAUCUUAUUCCUGAGAAAAUUAAACCUUCAGUUGUUGCGAGAGAAACCAAUGACUGUCAAUUUGAAAGAAACAUCAUUGUUAGAGAAGAAGAUUUGCUUCUAGAGAGAAAAUUAAAUACCGAACAGCGAAAAGCGUAUGACACGAUUCUUAAUAGAAUAUUUUCUAACAAAUCAGGAGCAUUUUUCAUUGAUGGCCCCGGAGGAACUGGAAAAUUUUUUCUAUACCGUGCUUUAUUAGCUGCUGUACGAUCAAAAGGUUUUGUCUCUUUAGCAACAGCAAGUUCAGGUGUUACAGCUUCGAUCCUCCCAGGAGGACGAACUGCUCACUCCCGUUUUAAAUUUCCUAUUGAUAUCGAUGAACAAUAUUCUUGCAACAUUAGUAAGCAAAGAGCACUUGCAACUUUAAUACGUGAUGCAAAACUAAUUGUCUGGGAUGAAGUAUCUAUGGCAAAAAAGAAAGUGAUAGAAACUUUUGAUAUUCUCAUAAAGGAUUUAAUGGAUACAAAUGCUCUAUCUGGAGGAAAAGUGGUCGUUUUCGGUGGUUGGCUUGAGGUUUUGCAUAGUCGUAGGAAUAACUCUAAUGUUGUUGCAGAGAAUACUCUACAUACUGAUUCUUUUGUGAAAAACCAGAAAGAAUUGGAGUUAUACUAUAACACAAGAUUGUUGAUUCGCAGAUUUUGUAAUUUUGUAGAUUCUUGCCUCAGCAAGUCUGGACUGCAAACUAAAGCUGGAAAAGAUUUGAAAAGAUCAACAUAUCUUUGUGAUGUUGCUGACCACAACUCAG